GAUUUUCCAUAAGGUAAUUUCAGUGUGUUAACAACUUCUAUAUCAGUAUGAAAAUAACGUCGAUAAUUCCCGGGCUGCUACUGCUGUCGCUUGGCCACGCCCGCCACCUCAUCUACCAGGACGAAAGCUCCGCCCUCCAGCCAAUCGUGUCGCAGUCUCGCAGGACGCGCAUCUGCGCCGAACUGUGCAUGUCGGGGCUGGGCGGCACCCCCUGCGGCGAGACCUGCUACGAUCUGAUACCGACCAACCUACCCCUUUCUGCCCAGGAGCAGAGUGACGGCGGCAGUGGUAGCGGAGGCAACAGCACCACCAGCACGGCCAGCAGUGGCGGGAAGAAGUACAACGCCACUGCCAGGCAGGAUUCGUGCAGCGUGUUGUGCAAGAACGGGCUAGGAUAUCCUCUGUGCAGCUGCAACUACCAGUCGUCUAUCAUCUACGAGCCAGAUUUUGUGCAAGUUUGUUCGACGUUCUGCAUUAAUUACGAUUAUCAGAUCUAUGGAUGCCAAAGCUGCACACUUUACAAACAACUCACGUCGUUGCUGGUCUCAAAUUCGGCUUCUUCCGACUUCCAAGAGGCUACGUUGAACGUGAGUUCAGAGAGUGGCUCAGGUCUAACUAUUGGAUGGCACAGCUGGUGCUUAGACAUGUGCUCCGAUGGUAAUGGCGGGGCAGCAUGUAAUUGCGAUCUACUGCCAUAAGUUAGUUGCGCAACGUGUGUAAGUUAAAAAAGAAAUAUGUAAUAUGAAAAAACGUUAAGAAUUUUUUGAAAAUCAAAAUUCAGAGGGUUUAAACAUGUUAUCGUAUUACACAUAAUGAUUAUAUCGCUGACUAGUAAUAGAAGUAUUUGUCCAAAAACCUCUCUCUUCAUUUUGAAUGUUCUUAAAAUUAUUAUUUCCUAGUUUAGCAGCAAAAAUGUAAACAUGGCCCAAAAUAAAUUAUUUUUUAGUUUA